GAAACCCCUUGUUCUGCCUUUUUGGGACCCUAUUUCUCCAAUUUCUCAUCUUUAGAGAUAUGAACUAAAAGGCCCAAACAAGUAAGACCCUUAAACUCAUAGCCCAAACAAACAACUUUUGCAACUUUAAUUUACUUCACCAUCCCAAAUCAAUAAUCUACAAUCCCAUAUCCAAAACCAACAAAAAUAAAGAUAACAAAAUCCAUCCAUUCAUUCAUCCACUCAUCAAACUAACAAACCGAAAAAGAAAAAAAAAUUAAAAAACAAAAAAUACAAUGAACACCACUAAAUUCCUCCAUACCCAACUCUUAAAAUCACCAUUAACACCCCUUAUUCAAUUCUCACAACCAAGAUCACUCCCAAUAGUUCAUCUCCCUCCUAUUCGCAGCGCGAGCAAUGGCCAAAGCAACAACGAACAACCAUCAGUUCCUCCAUUAACACCGCCGGAAACGGUGGAGAUAAAGUUUCGUAGAGGAUCAAGAAAGCGGCGACGACAACAAGAGCUUCAAGAAUCCGGUGAAGUACCAAUGAUGAAGGCAGUGGCAGAUAAGAAAAAAUGGGAAGAAAUGAGUUUGUCUGAAAAGGCAAUAGAGUUGUAUAUGGGUGAAAAAGGUUUUCUCUUUUGGGUUAAUAAAUUUGCUUAUGCUUCUAUUUUUAUUAUUAUUGGAGGUUGGAUUUUGUUUAGGUUUGUUGGUCCUUCUUUGAAUCUUUAUCAGUUGGAUACUCCUCCUCUUUCUCCUGAAGCUGUGCUCAAGGGUUAAUUAGAGGUUAAUACAAGGAUUAAUUAUGGGUUAUAAUGAUAAUUAUGCCUAUUAAUUUUGUUUUUAUGUAUGUGCUGUUCAUCGGUUUUUUAAGGUCAAGAGGCAAUAAAAUUGAGAGAUUAUACUUUUA